GCAAUUUAGUAAACAGGAAGCAGAGGAGACGUCGAAAAUGCGUGUCCAGUUCUGUGCAGUCAGACAAGCCAACGACCAAACCUAACUUCCGUUUUAGAGAGAGAAGCUUCUCUCCCUCUCUCUCUCUAGCUUUAUUCACGCUCAUUGCGUUCGAAGAGAGAAAAGCUACUAGCUUCUCUCUCUUCCAAUCGAUUCGUUGUUUGGAGAUCAAUCAAUUCAGUUCCAUUCGAGUGUUUUCAGCAGAUUAAAAAGCAUUGAGUUUCGGUGGAAAUGGAGGAGUACUUAGGGAAGACUUUCGAGAAGGAAUUCGAAGGUUUGGGGAUAGUCAAAGGAACGGUGAGAUCGUAUGAAUCGGAGAGUGGUUUGUUCGAGGUUGUGUACGAGGAUGGGGAUUCCGAGGAGCUGGACGCGAUUGAGGUCGUAGCUUUGCUAGGCGGCGGGUCCCACUCCGCUGACUAUGGAUUCUCGCGAGAGCCGUGCCCUGUUGUUGGCCGGAAACCGAAGAAACGGCGUCGUAUCGGGGAGGAGGCGGGUAAUUCGGGCUGCAACUUGACGGCGGCGGCGGCGGCUGGUAUGGGAGAGAGUUCGGGCGUGUCUAGUGAUGGUCAGGAGAAGGGAGGUGUGACUUUGAAUUUGAAUCUUAAUGAUCAUCAUCCUAUGUUGAGCUUUGAUUUGAAUGGCGACGUGGAUUUGAAUGAUGAUGGUGGCGGGGGCGUUGGAAGAGUUGAUCUCGACUUGAAUUUGAAUGAAGGUUUGGAUUUAAAUACUGGCGUCGAUGUAAGCGUUGAGUAUAAUACUUUAGGUAGAGUUGAAGAGAACUUGAGUCGAAGUAAUAUUAUUGAUUUGAACGCGGACCCAAAUGAGGAUGCUAACUGUGCUUUUGCAAAAGAUGAUUCAUUAGAGUGUGUUUCUCUGGUUAUCAAGGAAAAGAGUCACUCUUUUGACUUGAACUUAGAAGCCGGUGAAGAAGAACCUACAAAUUUAGAUGUCAAGUGUGAUAUGAAGGAGAAAGGAAUAACUGUUCCUCAAGCUGAUGGUUCAUCCCAGAAGCAUGAAAGACCCCCAAUUGUUCUGGCGCUUUGCUGCCAGAAUGUAGGAAGACCCUCAUUGAAUCUCCAUAGGGGGUUGACUGGGAAGAAACUUGUGGAUGGGAGUUUGAAGGAAGUUGAACUUAAAUUAGUGGAUACAGGGCCUGCCGGAGUUGGUUGUGGAAAUGGAAUUUCUUCAAUUUCAGGUAAAGGGAGAAGAGGUAGGAAGCGGAAAAGUCUCUCUGAUGCUCCUGAUGAUAUGACUGAACCAAUGUUGAGAAGAAGUACUCGGAAAGCCAGAAGGGCAGGUUUGUCCUCUCAUGAGAAUGAUCCCGAAACAGUAGUGCCUGAUGCUGUCAAUGAUCCCCUUUCAUCUCCUGCACAAAGUGUGGUUUCAGAUGAAAAACUUACUGUCUCAAGUCAUGAAGACUCCGAGGAACGAAAUUUCCUUCCUCCAAAGCCAGAGUUGCCCCCUUCUUCGGAUAAGUUGGAUUUAGAAGGAAUGUCUGUGCUGGAUAUCUUCUCUGUUUAUGCCUUAUUAAGAUCAUUUAGUUCCUUAUUGUUUUUAAGUCCCUUUGAAUUAGAGGACUUUGUUGCAUCAAUUAAAUGCAAUACUCCUACUGUAUUAUUUGAUUCCGUUCAUGUGUCCCUUUUGCAAAUGCUGAGGAAACACCUGGAGUCCCUAGGCAGUGAAAGUUCUGAGUCUUCAUCUAAUUGUCUUAGGUCUCUUAAUUGGGAUCUGCUUGACUCAGUCACCUGGCCUAUAUUUUUGGUUGAGUAUCUGCUUACGCAUAAUUCUGGAAUCAAAGUGGCUUUUGAUAUAUGUCACCUAAAACUAUUUGAGAGUGAUUACUAUAAGCAACCAACUUCUGUGAAGAUUGAGAUACUGCAUUGUCUUUGUGAUGAUGUUAUUGAAGUUGAGGCCAUAAGGUCAGAGCUUAGUAGGAGAACGGUGAUAACAAAGCCAAAUAUAGAUUUCGACCAAAAUAUGAAGCUUGACAGUAUAAAGAAAAGAAGAGUUACAACAGAUCUUGCCACUGGUUCUUGCUUGACAGAGGAUGUGGAUGAUGAAACAGAUGAUUGGAACAGCGAUGAAUGCUGCCUUUGUAAAAUGGAUGGGAACUUAAUAUGCUGUGAUGGUUGCCCAGCCGCCUUCCAUUCCAAGUGUGUGGGUAUUGCUAGCAGUCUUCUGCCAGAUGGAGAUUGGUACUGCCCUGAAUGUAUUAUUAACAGAAAAGUACCAUGGAUAAAAGUUGGAAAAUCAAUUCGAGGAGCAGAGUUGUUGGGCAUUGAUCCUUACGGCCAGCUAUUUUAUAGCUGCUGCAGUUACUUGUUGGUGUCAGAUUCUUGGGGUGAUGGAUCAUCAUUUAAGUAUUAUGACAGGAAUGAUUUGCCUGCAGUUAUCAGGGCCCUCAAGUCAUCAGAAGUUGUUUACCGCACUUUGCUAGUUGCAAUUUCAAAGCUUUGGGAUGCAUCUUCUUUAAUUGAUGGUGCAACAAGUGAUUUGUACUCACAGAACAAAGUUGUAUGUGAGGAUUUUCCUAUGAUGCCCCUGCAACAGAACAAUGAUAUAGUUAACGGCGAAAAGCCUAUGGAAAUGGUAAUGAUCUCUACAUGUUCUGGUGACCAAGGAUGCGAGAAGUCAGAAUCUGUGGAUCUUUCAGCCAAGAUGGAAAAGCAACUGGGCAGUUCUGAAGAAUCAACUGAUUUAUCUCAAGCUCAGUUAAGUAAUCAAAAUUCUAGCAGAAGUGGGAUGCAAUAUGAUUCUGAGUCAAAGCAGCAGUAUAUAGAUGCUUAUGUGAACUUUUAUAGUUUUGCUCAUUCAGCAUCAUCAAUUGUUGAAGAACUAACCCAUAAACCAUCUGAUAAGUCAACUGAAGAUGCUUUAAGAUCAGAGGAAGAAAUUAUUUCAGCUCAGCUGAAGGCCAUAUCAAAGAGAUCUGCUGACUUCUGUUGGUCAAAUAUUCAGAAUUUAAAUGUUGCUGCUAGGAAAGAAAAAUGUGGCUGGUGCUUCUCUUGCAAAGUUCCUGAAUGUAAAAGGAAUUGCUUGUUCUUAAUGAAUGAUACUGGUCCUGCUCCUGAAAGAUUUUCAAGUGAGGCAUUAUGUGCUAGCAAAAGAAACAUUAGGAAAGGCCAUCUUGUUGAUAUAAUGUACCAUAUAAUUUGCAUAGAAGAUCGUUUACAUGGUCUUCUGUUGGGUCCUUGGUUGAGCCCAAUGUACUCCCAGAUGUGGCGCGAAAGUGUUCUUGCAGCAUCUGAUGUUGCCUCACUAAGAAUUCCAUUAUUAAAUUUAGAGUUAAACUUGCGUCAACUAGCGCUUUCAGCUGAAUGGUUUAAGAACGUGGAUUCUUUGGCAACAAUUGGUUCUGCUUGCCAUAUUGUAACCAAUCGAGGGCGUGUUUCCUCUAGGCAUGGCAUGGGAAAAAAGGUUUUGCAUUCAGAUCUGAAGUCAAAUCCAUCUUCAAAUGCUGGGAGUGGUUUGGGACUGUUUUGGUGGAGGGGCGGUAGGCUUUCUCGUCAACUUUUUAGUUGGAAGGUUUUGCCUCGUUCGUUGGCUUCUAAAGCUGCUCGACAAGGUGGAUGUAAGAAGAUACCUGGCAUUCUAUAUCCUGAUGGUGCAGAACUUGCCAAGAGAAGUAAAUUUGUUGCCUGGAGAGCUGCUGUAGAGACAUCUGGAAGUGUUGAGCAGCUUGCUCUUCAGGUUAGAGAUCUUGAUGCACAUAUUCGAUGGAAUGAUAUUGGAAAUGUUAAUAUUCUAACUAUGAUUGACAAGGAAUCUAAAAAACCAGACAGGUCAUUUAAAAAAGUCAUUAUUCGGCGAAGGUCAUCUCGGGGCCAAGUGGUUAAGUAUCUUCUUGAUUUUGGCAAAAGAAGAUUUCUCCCUGAGAUUGUUUUAAAAUAUGGGUCCAUGCUUGAGGAGUCCUUGGAUAAAAGGAAAAGAUAUUGGCUGGAGGAGACCUAUGUUCCGUUGCAUCUCUUGAAAGCUUUCGAGGAGAAAAGAAUUGCUUGCAAGUCCAAUAAGUUAAGUCCUAUCAAGCCCAGUGAGAGCAAAAACAUCAUAAAGAAGCCAUUCAAGAAAAAGGGAUUAUCUUACCUUUUCUCAAAAGCAGAGAAAUCUGAAAAUGAUAAGUGUGGUCAUUGCAACAGAGAUGUCCUCAUAAGGGAAGCUGUGAGCUGUCAGUACUGCAAAGGCUUUUUCCACAAAAGGCAUGUGAGAAAGUCCACUGGAACUAUUCCUGCUCAAUGUGUCUAUACAUGCUACAAGUGCCUGGAUGGGAAGCAUGUAAAAAGCAAAACCAAGGUGAAAUUAGGGACGAAAAAGAAUAAGAACACAUCAAAAAUCUUAAUGGCAUUGCAUUCACGAACCAAGAGAAGGUGUACUAAGGAUAAGCUGCUGGCACAUUCUCAAAAUAAUACUAAUAAAGAUCCUGUUGUUAUGCCUCUUCGACGUUCUGCUAGGAGGGCUAAAAUUUUGUCUGUGCAAGAGAAAAAUAUAAAGAAGAAGAUUGGAAUGACAAGUGGUAAAUUCAUGAAAUCAAGGAGAGGGAGGCCUAAAAUUUUGUCUGUGCAAGAGAAAAAUAUAAAGAAGAUUGGAAUGACAAGUGGUAAAUUCAUGAAAUCAAGGAAAAGGACUUCAAAGAAACCAACUGAAGCUAUACAGAAGAAGAAGAGAACUCAGUUCUUUCAUAUUUACUGGUUGAAUGGCCUCCUGCUGUCACAGAAGCCUAAUGAUGAACGAGUUGCACUAUUCAGGAGUAAAAAGCUUUUUGUUCUUUCAGGACCGUUGGGUGCCACAGUUGAUUCUCCAAAAUGCAGUCUCUGUGGGGAACUAAAGUCUACACUUGCACUGAAUUACAUAGCUUGUGAAGUUUGUGGAGAUUGGUUUCAUGGAGAUGCAUUUGGUCUUACCUCUGAAAGACUUGAUAUUUUAAUUGGAUUCAAGUGCCACAAGUGUCGUGGCAGCAGCCAUCCUGUGUGUCCUUGUCUGCCUAUCAUCAGGGGUGCCGAGGCUAAGCUGGUUGGGCUGAAGAGUGAUGCUAUGAUUGAAUCUGCAAACUUGAGACAUCUUGAAGAGAAAUUUCAAUCACAUGUAGAAUCAAAUAGAUCUUGCCUUUCUGGUGAUGAUGACAAGAAGCAGUUGUCAAAUGCUACUAAUGUAGACAAUGAGGAGGAUGGGAGUUUGCAUGUGAUUGGGAUAGCACAGAGCACAUUAGCGAUGGAUGGAUCCGGAAGGACUGAUAUCCAACUGCAGGAUGAGCCGAUAUUGUUGAAUGAGAAUUUUGUCAAUUCUAGCCAGAAGGAUCAGAAACCACCAGAAGAGUGGGCAUUUCCAAAUGAUAAAUCUUCAAUUGAAGGUGAUGCCAUGGAAAUUGAUGAUGCUCCUAUUGGUUUGUGGAGCAAAACAUGGAGACAACGCAAGCCUUGUUAGUACAGAGUGCCUAUCAUUUUCGUCCUAAGUGGAGCACAGGGGAACAGGAUAAUCAUCAUUGACAAAAAUAGCCGAAGAAUGGUAACUCAACAGCCAUUCUGGAAUGAUGGUAAACAGAUUGGCACUCAACAUAGUUGCCUGCUUAGGCGUUUAUGGGUUCAGGUUAACUACUAGGUGGAGAAAAAAAAAGGCUGGGACUGUAGAUUAUAGUUUUAUACAUAUAGUUGUGCUAACUAUCAUAGAAAUUAAAGAAGUUUCGGAUCUUCAUAUGUCAUUGACAUUGAGGAACCAAUUACAUUUCAUUAGCAAUGUUAUGGUGACUCAGUCAAACCUGAGAGAAAAUAACAAGAUUAUAUCAGGCUUCUUUUGACAAAAUUCUAAGUUUUGAUUCAAGAUUGGUUAGUUGAACCCAGCAUUAGGUCAGAGGUAGAGAAUGGAUGCAGUGAAGCACCGGAGUUGGCAUUCGGUUCUCAGUAGACAUUGGAAUUCUUUUUCCCAGUGUGUCUGUCAAUUUAUUCUACUUCAGUGCUACAACUGGAUUAACUGGGAAAUAUUUGAAGGUGAAACUGUUAAAUACUUCGUAUACAAGCAUUCAUCUGCUUCUUUUGUUCUCUCUAAUUUAUAUGGUGUUAACUUUCGUCAUACUCUGUAUUUAACAUUUAACAUUAAGAUCUUAUUUUUUUCCCCUUUGCUGAUUGAGUAUUAUUUUCUUUUCUGCAUAGCUUUAUCUAAGGAUGUAAAAAUGGUGACCUAAGACAUCUCUUUUCUUUAGCAUGUUUAUUAGGUCAGUUAGUUGUAUGAAGUAAAGGGUAGGAAUGUAUUUUAUUUUUUGUUAAAGAAAUGCAGUCUCCUUAUUUGAUCUCCA